AGGGAGGAGCGACCGGAGAGAGAGAGAGUGCAGCUGAGCCGAGGCUGAGCAUCACAACCCCGCAUUCAAGGAAACGGGCAAACGCAGCACUUUUUUUUCUGUUAUUUAAUUUUUAUUUUCUGUUUACUUUCCAUAAGGUUGUUGCACACCUUCAACGCGAAAGAAAUCCUCGAUGUGGAGCUUUAUGGAGGCCGUUUGUCUCUAAAAGGAAAGCUGGGAAUCUCUUAACCCAGUCAAGGGAGACCCCUCCAAUUGUUUCCUGCGCCAAGAACUGUAAAGACAUGAUCAUUACACCGCAUCUGUGAUGAACGGCAAGCAGUGAGCGUGAGCCAGUCAGUGUCAGAAGAUGCUCCUGAUCCACGGUGCCCAGUGCUGAGGGAGGUCCACGGAGCCAACUGGUGCCCACCAUGUCUCACCACCAACACUACCAGCGAGGCCCCCACGGCCGUGCCUUGAGCACCGAGGAGAGGACCUCCAUGCCAGUCAACAAGACCUCCACACCGGUUCACAAGAGCGCCUCUUCCUCUUCCUCUUCCCAACGUGACAGCCGGCAGGAGGCAGACAGCUGGGAAAUAAUCGAGGGUCUGAAAAUCGGUCAGAGCAACGUCCAGAGGCCUGAUAAACACGAGGGUUUUAUGUUGAAGAAGCGGAAAUGGCCCCUGAAAGGCUGGCACAAGCGCUUUUUUGUUCUGGACAAUGGUAUCCUGAAGUACUCCAAGUCCCCCAUUGAUAUCCAAAAAGGCAAACUCCAUGGCAGCAUCGACGUCGGCCUCUCAGUCAUGUCCAUCAAGAAGAGGGCCCGUCGCAUCGACCUGGACACCGAGGAGCACAUCUAUCACCUGAAGGUCAAAUCUCAAGACAUCUUUGACGCAUGGGUGUCCAAGUUGCGUCAUCACCGGCUUUACCGUCAGAACGAGAUUGUGCGAUCUCCCCGGGAGGCCACCAUGCGAACGUUUCCUCCCCCGGCUGCCAUCGAAUCCCCCCAACCUGCCUCGAGUGUGGCACGCGAAGCCAAGCAGGCCAAGCCGAGCAGCUUGCCGUGGCAGCCGGUGGCGCCUGGUAGCAGCAGCAACAGCAGCCUGCCUGCCUCCUACAGUAACGGCCAGAGCAAGGUGGUUGCUUGGCUGCAGGAGUCAGAGGAGAUGGACAAGUGCGCAGAGGAGCUCGCACAAUGCCAGUCCAACCUGACCGAGCUGAGCCGGUUAUUGCAGAGUCUGGAGAUUCUGCAGAGGACACAAUCAGCACCCAACUUCACAGAUAUGCAGACCAAUUGUGUUGAGUUGUCAAAGAAAGAAAAGCGCUUGAAUAGAAGAUGGAGAACAAAAAGUGUCGGGAAAGAUGCAAAAUUCCAGCUUCAGGUCCCUCUGUCUGCCAGCAUGUCUCCCGUCCGCCUCCACUCAUCCAACCCCAACCUGUGUGCCGAGCUGGUGGACUUUCAGCCCCCUGUCUCCCGGCUGACAGACAGUGUAGACUGUGCCAGUGACUACAUUAAACUUCAGGAGGAAUUCUGCACCAUCGCACAGAAAGUCCACUCUCUGCUGAAGUCGUCCUUCAACACAGUGGCCAUAGAGAAAGAAAAAAUCAAACAGAUUCUGUCUGACCAGGAGCAGUCAGACCAGUCAGUCCAGAUCAACUCUCUCAGGAAGUCUCUGUCACAGGCCCUGUCCCAAAACGCAGAACUUCGAACCCGACUCAACCGCAUCCACUCUGAAUCUGUCCUGACUGAACAAGUUGUCAGUGUGAACAUCAUCUCCACGCCUGAUGAGGCUGGAGAACAGAUGGGGAUCCCUCUGACUCAGCAGGCUUCUAAUGAGAGCCGACUUUCCAUGUCAGAGUCUGUCUCCGAGUUCUUUGAUGCCCAGGAAGUGCUACUGUCAGCGAGCUCGUCGGAGAAUGAGGGCUCAGACGAUGAGUCAUAUGUCAGCGAUGUGAGCGAUAACAUUUCCGAGGACAACGCCAGUGUGACUGAUAACGUCUCCAGACAAAUGGCCAACGGAGACUUUGCUGGCAGUGCCUUCCGUAACGGGCGGCGCACGUGCCUGCCGGCGCCGUGUCCUGACACCAGCAACAUCAACCUCUGGAACAUCCUGAGAAACAACAUCGGCAAGGACUUGUCCAAAGUGUCCAUGCCUGUGGAGCUCAAUGAACCCCUCAACACCCUGCAGCGCAUGUGUGAAGAGCUGGAGUACAGCGAGCUGCUGGAUAAGGCCGCCGAGACCGAGGAUCCCUUUGAACGCAUGGUUCUGGUCGCUGCUUUUGCCAUCUCAGGCUACUCAUCCACUUACUACAGAGCAGGAAGUAAGCCAUUCAACCCGUUGCUCGGAGAGACUUAUGAAUGUAUUCGGGAAGACAAGGGCUUCUGUUUUUUCUCGGAGCAGGUGAGCCACCACCCUCCCAUCUCCGCCUGCCACUGUGAGUCUAAGAACUUCACCUUCUGGCAAGACGUGAGAUGGAAAAACAAGUUCUGGGGGAAAUCGAUGGAGAUUUUACCAAUCGGGAGCGUGAAUCUCAUGAUUCCCAGGUUUGGAGAUCACUAUGAAUGGAACAAAGUCACCACCUGUGUACACAACAUCCUCAGUGGACGACGGUGGAUCGAACACUACGGGGAGAUCACCAUCAGAAACACAAAGAGCAGUGCCUGCCUCUGCAAACUUACCUUUGUCAAGGGAAACUACUGGAGUUCGAAUGUGAAUGAGGUUCAAGGAUUUGUGAUGGAUCAAGAAGGGAAAGUGAUCCACAGGUUGUUUGGAAAAUGGCACGAGGGCCUUUACUGUGGUGUCCCACCUUCUGCCAAAUGCGUCUGGAGGCCGGGCUCCAUGCCCACAGACUAUGAGCUGUAUUAUGGCUUCACCAGGUUUGCCAUUGAACUGAACGAGCUCUGCCCCGAGUUAAAAGAUGUCCUGCCUCGAACAGAUGCCCGAUUCAGACCCGAUCAAAGGCAUCUGGAGGAGGGAAACCUGGAGAUGGCAUCGUCAGAGAAGCAGCGUAUUGAGGACCUGCAGAGAACCAGGAGGAAGUGGAAAGAGGAGAACGACGUCAAACAGGAGCCGCGCUUCUUCAAGAAAGUGGUUGAUGCCAAUCACAGGGAGAGGUGGGUCUCCAACAACACGUACUGGGAGCUCCGCAAAAACCCCGGCUUCAUCAACAUGGAAUAUACACUGAACCUGUGGUAGCACACGGAGCGGACGCGUCCAUCGUAUCGUCAUCGCGGACAAGAAGGCUGUUACCUAUGCACAAUGAGGUGUUAGACAGAAACAUGUUAAUGAUUUAAAAAAAACAUCCGUGUGCAUGGACUGCAGAGCUGAGGGAUGGCCUCGAUGCCCAGCAACCCUGUCGAGGUUCUGUGGAGCUGCCACACGGUCAUCCAUCCAUGGAAACAUCCUUUAGGGUCACCUUCAUUGUGCUUGUCGAAGCUGGGUUGUCAGGGCAACAAUCGUACCACUCCUAUGUAGAUCUCUCCUCAGCUCCUUUGACUUCUGAGUAUGUCCUUGCCUUAAAAAAAAAAAAAAAAAGACACCCAUACGUCGUCACACACGAUUUAGCGCUUUUUUCCGGUGAAGCCGUUUCAUUUCUGACAGCAGUUUGGGUUAGACUAGUCGACGAAGUAGACCUUUUGAUUACCUACAAAUACCGUGCAUGUUUAGAGAGCAGCUUUCACUGGCAUAAAGCCGCAUUUACUAUAUCAUCGAUUAUUGUAGAAAAAGAAAAAGAGGUAUUUUUAUAAAAUAUCUUGGACUCAAGAGUUUAGUGAAAUAGCAUUAUGUGAAUUGGCAGAUUUUAUUUAUUUAUUUUUUGCCUUUUUAAUACGAUUGAAUCUGUAUGAUAGCAGUACUGUCUCUCGGGAAAACGACUCAUUUAAAAUUAAUCUUGACCGCAGCAGAGGAAGUAUGGCGUCCGUAGAUGGAAUAUUUAAUGGAUGUUUUCCAAACAGCAGCUCUCAAAGCUGGUCGUGCAGUGGAAGGAGACGUAGGUUUAAAAUGUAAAUCCUGUUCUGGUGUUUUUAGACAUGAUGAUGGGGGACACACGUACAACCUUUACAGAUGUUUUCCUUUUUUCAGAUCAUGUCGUGGAGUCCAGUUUCUCCUCACAGUGUGAUUUAGAUAGAAUUAAUAGAGGGACAACCUCAGCCUCACCAGCCCUCCCCUGCCUCUCUGUCUAAUUUUAAACACAGUUACAUGAAACCAGCUCUUCUGAAUCACAUGGUUACAUAAAUACACACGUAACGCCCUCCAUAUAUAGUAGGCACCACAUUUCUACUGGUGUGGAUAAGAGUAAUCAGUCAUUUAUCUGAAUCAAAGGAAGAAAGGAUCUUGUACAGAUUGUAAAGCCCUCUGAGACACUUGUGAUUUUUCCAGUAUGAGGCUAUACACUCAUGUGCACCGUCCCAAUGUGCAAUUAUUUCAAAUAAAUUAAUAAACAGUGACAAAUUCUCAUCAGUUUACCAAAGCCCAAAGCCAUGUCUUAAAUUUACAACCAAAACUUUUAAUUUAAAAUGAUAUAAAACAAAGAAAAGUCUUAACUUUUCUCAAUACAAGCAACUGUUUGGCAUUUUUAUUGAUAAAUGACCUACAUUAUUAAUCAAUUAUCAAACCAGAAGUACAUUUUCUUAAUCAGCCAGAAGCAUACAGUCAGUUCAUUGAAACACCAGAGCCACCUACAGGUCGUCCUGUGAAAACGCAGCUUCAGGAUUCUGAAUUUCAACAUUUCAACAAAUGUUUUGAAGUCUGCACAGUAACAUGAACUCAAACGUGUCCGAUUCCCUGGAGAUUUUACUGCUACGAUCGGAGCUUCUCUGCAAAGCUCCACUUACUUAUUUGCAGUUUGUGUGUUUUAUUGCAAAAGCGAAUUAGCUUUAAUGUUUUAUGAACUAGAGAGUCCCCCACUUUUUGUGUUACAGAGGAAGAAAAUAUAAACACAGGGUUUGUUUUUUUUUGUUGUUUUUUUUAUUGAAAUCAACACACACACAAGCAGUCACACACGUGGAUUCCCCCCUCAUCCAGGACUGCAGGGUGAGGGGGGGGCAGUGAAGGAGAAAAAUGAAUGGAUAUAAAUAUGUAGAAUGAAAACUAUGUGAAGCAAACGCAUCGUGUGCACUGUUCAUAAGGUACUGUAGACGACAAACCAAAAAGGUAGUACUGCUUUGCACUCAUACUUUUUUUCUUUUUUUAAAUGUGCUUUUUAAUUUUUAACCUCCUCCCUCCUCUGAUUACAAAAUGCUACAACUCGUCAGCGUCAGUUUCACUUGCUGUGCCUUAAUGCAUUUAUUAAUGCCUCACAAACACACUACUGAUAAGAACCCAUGCCAAGAAGGUAUGCCAUGAACAGCUCCGCACAUUAUCCAGUCUCCACCUGCCUACAGAUGAUAAAUUAUAUGGAUAGACAGAGUUUAGGAUUUAGCUGUGGACAAAAAAAUGUCUUGGCUUGAGAUGUCUUUGACAUUAGGAGAGAGGAAAAAAAACUUGAGUGUAAAAUGCUUGCAGUGUUAAAAGAGGUUCUGCACUGCUCUGCUACCUGUAACCAAUACAAUUUUUGGUGAUCACUGUAAAUACAGCACAUUUAGAAGAUGGGCGAAAGCUGAUUCCUUUUUUGUUAAAAAAAAAAAAAAACAAGAAUCACAGCAGUCGUGCGUGCGAGGAGGCAGAGGCGAUGCUUUCCGUAGUGUUUGGUAUCAUAGACUGUAGUGGAAAAAAAAAAUACUCAUGAAAACCUCCUCAUGCUUUCUUCAUCCAUUGUUCUACCUGCAUGUCUAGACAACUUAGCCUGCCAAUGAAUGUUGCAGAUGCCUUACACACACAAAUAAGAAAAGAAAAAAAAAAUUCCAAUUGGAUUCUUCAUGUUUUUUUUUGUUUUGUUUUUUUGGACUGACAUGUAUCACGAAGCACUGUGUCAGCUCACUUUCUUUCAGCUCUAAUUCCCGAUGGGUACCUUCUAAAGUGCAAUUUUAACAAAGUACAUAUCUUUCCAUGAACACUGUACACUGCUGCUACAUAGUGCUUGUUCUAAUAAAACGGUAAAACUCAA